AUGUUCAACAUAAUACAAGAAUAACAUGUGAAUAGGGAAUAAUAAUAAAUGAAUAAUAGUUAACAAACCAAUCUUUUACAUAGGUUAUAAAGGUAAAAAAGACUGAUGUUUCUUUAGUAAUUAAUCUUAUCUUGGCCUAUCAAGUAAAUAAAUAACACAGACUUAAUCACUUAUUACUAAGCCAUCAUUCCUCCCAGAUAACACUUAGAAGAGAAUGACCAAGAUUACAACAUUGCUUAAUAAAUCAAUUGA